AUGAAAGAACCCCUUCUCUUUGAUGCUCAACAUGUUGACAAGACAAGUCCAAAAGAAUCAUCGCAAUGGCGCAUUUAUAAAGCUUACUUAAAAAUCUUGUUUAACGUUCGUUUUCGCAAAUUUGGAUUUUAUAUUUCAAUUGCAGCUAGUGCAUUAUUGAUUUACCUAUCACUAAACUUCCAAAUAACACAAGGAUACAAACUUCCAAAAGAUUCUAAUGGUCAUUAUCAUGAAUUUAGAGAAUGGGGAUCCAGUCAAGACAUAUAUCCAAUCGAAUAUUAUCUAUAUGAUAAAAAUUUUGAUUAUGCUUUUUAUCCAAGAACGCAUUUAACCGAAUUACUUGCAAAUUAUACGAAUCAAUCUAAAAUAUUUGAUGAUGAAUCUGCAUUUGAAGAAUUUUCCAAGAAGCCUAGCACAUUUUCUCUCAGAGUGGAAGAAAAAUCGAAAAAUUCAUAUAAUAUUACUUCAAAAAUAUAUUAUUCAAAGGAAUCAUCAUAUUUUUGGAGAUAUGAAAUACAAGAUUUUCCAGAUUCAUUAAUAAAGGAGUUUAUAAAAGAAUCAUCUAACGUUACAUAUGAAUACUAUCCACUAUCAAUGACUGCAGUCCAAAAGACAGAUUAUCUUAUUGUUUUCAUUGAACGGUUUGUUUCAUUAGCAAUCACUAUUUCUUUGAUUGUUCCUUUGUUUGAAAUUUCAGAGGCCAGAGAGACGAAACAGCUUUUAUUAUUAAAGAUAUCAGGUGCUUACGAGACAACGAUUUUCUUUGCAAAUCUAACAAUUGAUUUAUUAGUUAUUACUUUCGAUUCAAUUUCGAUAUCAAUUGUUUUAUAUAAAAAAUCAUAUAAAGGAUCUAAUAUCAUUCCUAUCUUUAUCAUGGUUUUCUUCUUAGUAUUAUAUUAUUAUUCUUUCUUUUUGUGUUCAGUUCCUUUGUCAAUUAUUUCGAAAUACAAAAUUUAUUUCUCAGGGUUAUUCAUGAUUUUAAGUCUCUCGCCGCUCUUCAAUAUUACAAUGAAUAGCAAUAAUAAUUCAAUAUUAGAGUACGCAUCAAUUCUUUCACUUCUUCCUCAAUGGAUGUCAACAAUGUUCAUUGAUAACAUAAUGGUUUCGAGCGUUUUCAAUAUUCCUUUCACACUUAAGAACUUGUUAGUUAUAAUUCGAUGGAAAGACUCAUUGUACAUAUUAGGUAUCGCGAUUGGCUUUAUUUGUGCUUAUUUGUUUAUAUAUUUCUUAUUGAACAUUCUUAUGCCAAGGAAUUGUGGUUCUCCUCCAAUUGGUUUUCGUAACAUAUUUAAUUUAUCUGCAUGGAAAGAAUUAUUCACAUUCAAGAAGGAGCGAUUAGUCCAUAAUGAAAAUCUCAGAUUUAUCGAAAUUCGUGGUAUAGAUAAGACAUAUAGAAGUUCACCACCUGUCCAUGCACUCAAUAAUGUAUCAUUUAGUCUUGACAAAGACGAGACCAUUCUUUUGAUAGGACCAAAUGGAUCAGGCAAGAGUACAUUGUUGAAUGCGAUUACAGGAAGUAUCAGCAGUGAUCGUGGUUCUCUUCAAAUAUAUGGCCAUCAAUGUUCAACCGGUUUUAGUGCAUUGCAACAACACUUAGGAAUAUGUUAUCAAGAAAACAUCUUGUUCGAGGGCUUGAGUGUUUAUCGUCAUCUUGAAUUUUUCGGAACUAUCCGUGGCAUUGACUCUUUUCAUCUUCAAGAAGAAAUUGAACAUAUUGUUAGUCAUUUUGGUUUAGAAGGUCUUGAAAACAUGUCCGCGUCUACACUUAGUGGUGGUCAAAAGCGUAAACUCUGUGUUGCUAUCGCAUUCAUUGGUCAUCCAUCUCUUGUUAUAUUAGACGAACCUACAUCAGGUAUGGAUGCAAGCAUCCGCCAAGAAAUAUGGAAAUCGAUUUCUAGUUACAACGUCACAUCUAUUGUUAGCACACACUCUAUCGAAGAAGCAGGUAUUCUUUCUAACCGAAUGUUUGUUAUGCGUAAUGGUUCAUUGAUUUUCGAUGGUACUCCUAACGACUUGCGAAGUCAAUUCCACUGCGGCUACCGUCUCACACCAAUCUUUUCUCAAGAAAGUGAUAAACAAUACAAAACAGAUCUUGUUUCAUAUAUUCAAUCGAAGAUCGAUGGUGUUUAUCUUAGUCCAAUUCAUGAAGAUGACAUCAUGUUGCCCGUCUGCGAUGAAAUCACAGAACUUUUAGUUGAACUAGAAUCCAACAAAGAACGCUUCCAUAUCAACUCAUUCAACAUCAUUGUUGAACAACUUGAAAAUGUUCUUUAUCGUAUGUAUGCAGAUGAUGAAAACUUAUAA